GUGUUAUGGUAUCUAACUUAUUUUUUUGACCUUAAUUUAUUUUGUGUUAUUUUAUAGCAUUUCUUAUUUUUUAAAAUAUUGUUAUUAGGUACUAGUAGUGGCACCUUAUGAUUAUUUAACGAUAUUUUUUAAAAGUUAUUAUAUUGAUUUAUUUGGUUCAAUUAAAUAUCACUAAAUAAUUAUAAAAUGUUACUACAAGUAUCUAAUAACAAUGCAUUGAAAUAAUAAGAAAUGAUAAAGAACCUAGAGUGCCACCUCUAAAAGAUUUGGGCACACUUAAGUAUUAAGUACAAAUGCUAGCUUCCCUGUUGAGUGGCCUCCUAUCUUGACAUUUUGGUCCUAUAGUUAAAGAGUCAAAACUCGAAAGGUGUCAAUAUUAUAAGAAUCGUUUGACACACUUGUUUCUUGAGAGAGCAUCAAUCAACCAUAUUUAAUACAUAAGCACAUGAAAAUUUAAUACUCACCACCGCAUUAUAUAUCUAUUCUCUUCUCUCUAUAUAUAUAUAACACAUCUCAUAUUUCUAUACUCAUUAAUUUACUAUCCUCUUCCUCUGUUAUCCAAAUUAUGGACAUUACCAUUCUCAAAAAACCUCUCUAUCUAACCAUUCUCCUCUCUCUCUCAUUUCUCUUCACCAAUGCAUGUCAUGCAGUAGACAAAGAAGCACUCCUUCAAUUCAAACAAAACAUCAUAUCCGACCCUUCAAAGCUUCUCCAAUCAUGGUCUUCUUCCACAGAUUGCUGUCAUUCAUGGCAAGGAGUGGUAUGUGAUACCACUUCAGGCAGAGUCACAAACCUCACUCGUCCUGGCCUUUUCAUUGGCAACGACGAGUUUUUUGUUGACACUUCAAUGGCUGGUACACUCUCUCCUUAUCUUGGAAACUUGUCAUUUCUUAAAGUCCUUGACUUGAGCAAUCUCAAGUACUUGAAAGGACCAAUCCCUUUAGCAUUAGGUAACUUGUUUCAACUUAGUUACCUUUUUCUCGAUACUAAUCAGCUUAAUGGAACAUUACCCUUUACAUUUAGAAACCUUAUUAGUCUCAAAAAGCUUCAUCUUAGUGAUAAUUCUUUGUCUGGUGUCAUUUCUUCCUCUGUUUUUGAGUCCAUGAGUUCACUUUUUGAAUUGGGUUUGGCAGGGAAUCAGUUUUCCGGGUCGAUUCCAACUUCGAUUCAGAACUUGAGUUCUUUGACUAAGCUUGAUUUUCAUGGAAACCAUUUCUCUGGUUCCAUUCCUUAUGGUAUUGGUAAGCUUAAGAGUCUUAAAUAUAUUGAUUUGUCUGAAAAUAGUAUAAGUGGAAUGAUUCCUGAAUCAAUAGGUGGAUUAUCUGAGUUAGUUCUUUUGUACCUUAAUCAGAAUAGGAUUACUGGAAUGAUUCCUUAUUCAAUUUCAGGGCUUAUUUCUCUUUACUAUUGUCGUUUAUCAGAGAAUAAGUUAAAGGGUAAUUUACCUGACUCAAUAGGUAAGUUACCAAAUAUUCAAAGACUCAUUCUUGAGAACAAUAGAUUGUCAGGAAAAUUACCUUCAAGUAUUGGAAAACUCACUACUCUUACAGAUAUUUUCUUCUCAAACAACCAUUUUACAGGCCAAAUCCCAUCAAGCUUUGAAAAUUUAGUUCAUUUACAAACACUUGAUUUAUCAAGAAACAAACUUUCUGGUAAGAUUCCUCCUCAGCUAUCUAAACUUCAGAAUCUUCAAAGUUUGGAUCUUUCAUUCAAUCCACUUGGGUUAGUUUAUAUUCCUAAGUUUAUAUCAAAGAUGAAGCUUUUUAGGUUAAAGCUUGCCAAAACAGGAAUUGAAGGCCAUCUUCCAAAAUGGUUAGCUUCAACAUCAAUUUCAAUUCUUGAUUUUUCAAACAAUGGUUUAAAUGGGAAAUUACCUAAUUGGAUUGGUAACAUGACUAAUCUGUCAUUUCUUAACUUAUCAAGUAAUGGGUUUCAUUCAUCAAUCCCUAUUGAGUUCAAAAACCUUUCUCUUUUAAUGGAUCUUGAUCUUCAUUCCAACAUGUUAAUUGGUCACAUAAAUGUGAUUUUCUCAAAAGAAUUACAAAACCCACUUGGUCAAUUCAACUCCAUUGAUCUUUCCAACAACAUGUUCUCUGGUCCAAUUGAUAAGAACAUUGGUGAAAGACCAUCAAUGGCUUCAAUCAAAUCACUUGUGUUAUCAAACAAUCCAUUAAGUGGUGGCAUACCCGAGUCAAUAGGACAACUCAGUGAGUUGGAGAUUUUAAAGCUUAUGGGGAAUGGGCUUUCCGGGAAAAUACCAAUGAAAUUGGGAAAUGCAGAGAAACUUUCUACUAUCAUUCUUUCAAGGAAUAAAUUAAGAGGCACAAUUCCCAAACAAGUAAUCAACUUGAUAAAUCUUAAAGAAUUCAAUGUCUCUGGAAACCUUCUCAGUGGAAUGAUUCCUUCUCACAAUACUACAUUCUCUGCCUCUUCAUUCUUGGAUAAUCAUGGCCUAUGUGGGCCUCCACUUCCACCAUGCAACCACUCUUAAUUUGUAUUUAUUUUAUUUUUUUUUUCGUAUGAAAUUCCAUUUAUUUGUUGUUGUUUUUUUUAUUAAUAUCACAAAAGAAUUAUCUUUAACGGCUAUUUAUUUAAAUAUUUGUACAGUUUAUUUGUUUUUCUUAUCCUUGGAAGAAUUCAGAUAUCCCAUACAGCCAUACUUAACAUAUGGUAGUUAAUUUAUCUUAUUAA